CUUGCCUAUACAUAAUACAACUGCACAUGUACUUGAAUUAAUAAAAACAUCCGUCCCUUCUUCGGAACCAUACCAAGUUUCUUCCUUAUCCUGUCUGUUGGGAUUCUUCAAGAUAUCGAAAAGGACGUAUUAUCCAUUUUUAUUCCAGCAUGGCGACAAUACCUAUUGUCGUGAAGCACCAAGGCACCAAAUAUGAUGUUGAGGUCGACCCCGAUUCGACCGGUGAAAUCUUCAAAUUCCAACUUUACAGCCUCACCGGAGUAGAGCCCGAACGCCAGAAGAUCUUGGUCAAAGGUGGCCAGGUGAAAGAUGAUACCCCCAUGAGCAAGUUCAACUUCCAACCUGGUCAGUCAAUAAUGAUGCUUGGAACACCGGGUGGAAAGGAUAUCCUCGCCCGUCCUAAGGAACAGAUCAAGUUUAUUGAGGAUAUGACGGAAGCCGAAGCCGCCCAACAAGAGGGAGCUAUACCUGCUGGUCUGACCAACCUUGGUAAUACAUGCUACCUCAACUCUACCCUACAGGCUCUACGUGCUAUCCCAGAGUUGCAGAACGCUCUUGGUACCUACGAACCCCAGGCUGGCGGUGCUGCCGCUGCUCUUAUGCCUCCGUUAGACCUGACGAAACAGCUUCGAGAUCUCUACAAGUAUAUGUCGGAAACUCAGGAAACAUACGUCCCCCACGCCUUCUUAACCGCCCUGCGAACUGCCUUUCCUCAAUUUGCCGAGCGCUCACGAACCGGUCCGGGCUACGCCCAACAAGAUGCGGAGGAGGCGUGGUCCCAAAUCGUCACUCAGCUACGCCAAAAGCUACACGUGAAGGAUACUUCUAAUUCCACCGAAAGCUCUUUCGUUGACAAGUAUAUGUCCGGAGAAUUCACAUCCGAACUCGGAUGCGAUGAACCUGCAGCUCGUGAGGGUGGAGAGAAGGCCGUAGUAUCGAAAGAUACUUUCAUCAAGCUCAACUGCCACAUCGACUCGAGUACAAAUCAUCUACGAGACGGUAUUGCUAAUGGUCUGAGUGAGAAGCUGGAGAAAAGAUCGGAAGUUCUUGGUAGAGACGCUGUUUACACCAAGACCUCCAAGAUCUCUCGAUUACCCAAGUACCUUACUGUACAUUUCGUUCGCUUCUUCUGGAAACGAGAGACUCAGAAGAAGGCCAAGAUUAUGCGAAAAGUUACCUUCCCUCACGAAUUAGAUCUCGUAGAAUUUUGCGACGAUAAGCUGAAGGGAAUGCUGGUUCCGGUUAGAGAUAAGGUUCGAGAAGUUCGGAAGGACGAGGAAGAUAUCGAACGCGCACGCAAGCGACGCAAGCGAAACCUUGCUGGUGAAGAUGUCGGCGAUAUUCCCAGCGGUAAGGGUGCGGCUAAGAAGGACGAGAAGAAGGAUGACAGCAAGAAAGCUGCCACUUCGGCGGAUGGUGAUGUUGAGAUGGGUGAGACUUACAAGACGGACGCCGAAAUCGACGCUGAACGCGAUGCUGCGCUUCUCGAAGCGAAGAAGGAGCUACAUGCUUUGAUCAACCCGGAGUUGGGCAAAGAUGAUGGUGCCAACCAGUCAGGGCUGUAUGAGCUUCGAGGAGUCGUUACACACCAGGGUGCUAGUGCGGACAGCGGUCAUUACACGGCUUACGUCAAGAAGGCCGCUCCAGUCGAUCCGAAGACGGGCAAGCGCAAAGAAGAGGAUGGCAAAUGGUGGUGGUUCAACGACGACAAGGUGUCGGAAGUAACGUCGGACAAGAUCGAGGCGCUCGCUGGUGGUGGCGAGUCGCACUCAGCUCUCAUCCUGCUCUACCGCGCCAUCGCCUUACCUGCCGCUGACGGCACGAUCGAGUAAUCAUGAGAAAGAAAAAUGGUACGAGAAGACGAUAUUACAUACUGGCGUUAUGUAUGAAUGCAUGCGUGCAUGGCAAGCAGGGAAUAUGGGGCUAGUAGCAUUAGACUCACAUCCACUUGAUAGGGCACG